AUGUAAAUUUAAGAAAAUUUAUAUAAUUGGCUUUGCCAAUUAAGAGUACUCCCAUAAGACGGAAAAAAGUAUGCAGAUAAAGUAGAGAUUAACAAGACAACUUUGGGAUAACUAGAAAAUGGAAUAGCUUUUGGUUAAUUGUUAAAGGAAAUAGUGAAGUUACGAAAUAGGCCUUCCACUCCUUUAGCUAAAUUAGAUACUCUUAAAGACAAUUAACAAAAAUCAUCGAUACUAUAUAACUGGAAAAUACUUUGUGAAGAAUACUAGAAGGUGGAUAUCAUGAUAGAUUAGGAUACAAAAGCAUUAAUAUUAGGAGGGGACAAAGAAAUGAUUCAUUCAUUACUUUUGGAAAUCUACGAUAAGAAUUAUAGAGGUUAAUAAAAGUCUCAUUUACUUGAUGAUUCUCAAUUAAGUUUAGAUGGAGCUACCAAGAUUUUGGCUACUAAUAAAAUUUCAUAAGCAAACCAGUAGGUUGAUCUCUCCAAAUUAGAUCCCAAAAAGGACUUGAAUAAGACCUAAAACUGUUUGGAAUUUUUUAUAAUCGCUUUAGCUAAGAAUCUAUAACUGACAAUAAAACAAGCAGCAUCUCUUUUUACAAAUAAUAAUAAAUAUUUAGCUCAUAUAUUAGCAAAGGGUGUUAAAGGAGUAUUUGAACCGAUAAUAGCAUUCUAUAAGGAAACCUAUGCUAAUUCAAAUUAAUUAAAUAAAUUAUUUAAUGAAGAUGCUACUAAGAAAUCAAUGAUUUUUGCAUUUCAAGCAUUAAAGCCAGGAUUGGUCUCAAAAUCUUAUGAUGUAGUAUAUGAGGCAGUUAGACUAUUUACAAGGUUAGGAUCCCUUAUUCCAGUUUAAUUAAUUAGGGAAUGGUUUCUCGAGGAUUAAGGUGGGUUAUAUACAGCAUUGAUGGGAGCUAGAAGACAUCCUGAACUAGUACAAUUUUAGGUAGAAUUGAUUCUCCAAUUUGGUCGAAACAAUUUUGUUGAAGUUUUUACAACUGGAAUUAGGCAAGUGUUAUCAGACACAAAGGACUUUAUAAAUGCAAUAGAAUUAAUUUUUAUACCUUUAAGUGAGAAUCAAGAAUUAGUAUCAACAGGAAUUUUGAAUGAUUGGGUUACUUAAGCUAUUGGGAUUGCAGAAAAUGAGUUUAAAAAUACAAUUGAUACUAGAAUCUCAUCACUUAAUUUUUUGUCAGAAGUCUUGUUAGUUAAUACAGAAUUAGAUGAAUCUCUAAUUAAUACUAUCAUUACAUUAUUAAAAAAAGGAACUAGGGAUAAAUCACAAUCACUUUCGCUUCUUUGUUUAAGUCAUUUAUUUAAAUUGUUGAUUUCAAUUAGUAAACAAAAGAGUAAUCUCGCUCCAACAAUAUACAAAAAUUUAACAAUAGCUUUGGUAGAGAAUCAUGAUAAUUAAUAAAUAAGAGAAUUCAUUUUAAAUAAUUUUAUCCAAAUAUUUUAAACAAUCGAAGCUAUUUCAAUAAAUUUAGUCUUAGAGAAUUUAAUAAAAUAACUAUAAACAUCAGAAGGAGUCACUUAUAUUCUGAAUAUAUUUGAUAUGCACUUCUUCAUGUUUAUAUCAAAUUUGAACAUGGGCAUUAAGAAUGCAAUUUAGCUCCUUGACUUUUUAGCCAAAAUAUUUCUUAAUAAUUUAGUCUAUUAAAGUAUAGCCUUUGAAAUAAUUUUAAAUAUUUUAUCUAAAAAUGUUGAAAAUUAAACAAUGCAGGAGUUUAUACUAAAAUUUAUCAAAAUUGCUUUGGCUAUUUUCUUUGCAUCUGAGAAAAAAAAACAAGGUAAAGACUAAAUACAUGCUUAAAAGAGAAAUUAAAUAAUACAGAUAAUAAAGACUAUUGUUUAAUUUUAAUAGCAUUAAAUGAAUGAGAAAAUUAAACCAUUGGUUGCUCAUACAAAUAUUUAGGUCAAAUAAUUCAAUAAAAGAAAUUCAAAAGGACUUAUGGCUAUAUUGGAACUUUUUGGAAAUGCUGAAAGAAUUAUAGAAUAGUAUGAAAUAGAAUAUAGAGAAUAAUAGAUAAAUCAAAUGUAAGGAUGUAUUGACGAGGAAGAUUAAUUUAAUUCGCAUAAUUAAAAAUCUAUAGGGUCAAUAAAAUUAUCUAAAGAAGAAUAAUAUACAUUAGCUUCGUUAAAAACUACAAGGGCAGAUCCAAAAGUAUUGGAGAAACUUGAGACAAUCAAAAAGUAAUCUGAUGAGAAAGCAAUGCAAGAAGCCAGAAAAGUAGAACAAUACAAGGAGGCUCAAUAAAAAUAGAAAAAUAAUCUUCGUAAAUAAUUAGAAAAAAGAUCUGUUGAAUAAGGAGUGUCCAUUAUUAAAGAUAGAGAAACAAAUUUAAUCUUUAGAGAUGGGUCUAAAAAUACCACCUCUCUUAAUAAACAUGGAUUAACAGAGUAUGAAAUAUGGGAUCUUUAAUUUGAAGAAGAUAGAGAAAGAUAUUUAGUAGAAUAAUUAUUUAGAAGAUAUCAUAAAAUAUUUAAAUAUGCGUUUUUUAAGUAUGCAAAUUCAGGUAGUAAGGUUGGAAAACCCAAAGAUUUUGAUGAAUUGAAAGAUCAAUCGGAUACAAUUAAUGAAGCAGAGUUUUGGGCAUUUCUGAAAGAUUAUGAACUAAUUUUUAAUGUUUCAAAAGAAUAAGUGAGAGCAUUGCUGAGAUCUAUUGCUAUAUAAUUAUUGAAAUGUAAAAACGAGCUGACAAAUUUUAAUUAUGAAGGGUUUAAACAUAUUAUUACAUAGUAUGCUUGUAUAAUAUUUACUAAAAUGAAUAAAUAUGUUUAGCCUCAUUUUUGUAUUGAAUUGAUGCUUUAAAAAAUGUAAUAAGUAACUGCAAAUAAAGGUUAGAAUACUUAAUUAUAUGAUGAUCCUGAUAACAUGUAUUUUGCUUAAAAGGAAGUUAUAAAAGAAUUCAAUAAAAAAUUGGCUGAAGAUCCAAAGUAUGUGCUACCUGAAGGAUACAAGAGUUAGAAAGAAGAAGUAGUUAAAUUUUAUCAUGUUUUUGAAAUUUAAGAUGGGAACACUUUUGCUUAUCAAAUUUUAGAUGAAAUUGUUUAUAAUGUAUGUAAAUGCCAUAUAAUUGAACCAUUAACAGCUAAGGAAUUUUAAAUAAUUUGUAAGCCUAAUCUGUUAGGAUAUGUUGAAUCUAAAGUAAAAUAAAAUUUAGAAAAAGAUCACUAUAUGGAAUAAAAGAAUAAGCUACUUAAGAAAUCUGUAAUAGGAGCUUAAUCAGAACCUGUUUUGCCUUUGAUACCUAAAAGAAAUUUAGAGAUUGAACCAUUUAGAUAAUAUAGUUUAGGUAUUAAACUAGAACUCGCUAAGAUACCUUUCAAUUAGGGAAAGCAAAGAAGUAUCAUGGAAUAGGCUGCUGAUGUUUUGGAAGAUAUAAUUUUUGCUGUUGAAAAUAAUUAAAAAACAAUUACAAGAAAAUGGAAUAUUGUAAAUAAGGUAUAGAAAGAUAAAUAAGAUGAAAAAAAGAAGGAAGAAUUAGAGAAUAAAAAAAGAGAUGAAAAAAUCCAAAAAAAUCAUGAAGAAACUAAAGUUAGAUUAGAAUAAAUGAAAAAAGAUAAAUUAGAAAAACAAAAAGUAGAGGAGAUAUAGAAUGCUAUUAAAAGGGAUCUUAAGAAAAUUAAAUAGGAAGAAAAAUAAAAGGAGUAGGAAACAUAUUUAAAAUCAUAAAAAGAAAAGAUAGCAUAAAAACAGAAAGAGGAAGAACAAGAAAGAUUGAAACGUGAAGUUUUAGAAAAAAAACAAAGAGCAGAGGAAAUUUAAAAGAAAAAAGAAGAAUUUAAAUAAUUCAAUGAUAAAAAAAUUGAAUAAUAUGGAGAAAUAUUUAAAGCAGAAUAAUCGAAACUCAAAAUGGCUGUGGAGGAAAGAAAAAUCUAAGAGACAGAAUAUCAAAGAAUGCACGAAGCAAUAUAUAAAAGUAUUGAAAAAAAAGGAGAACAAAUAAAAAUUAAGGAGAAAGCUACGAGUGAGUUUAUUUAAAAAUUAUUUAGAAAUCAGAUCUACCAAAAUAUUUUCACUACCUGUAACUUUAAAUUAAGUUAUCUCUAUGAACUAUUGUAACUAGAAUACUAUAAAUCAAUUGAAAUGGUGGAUUUUAAGGAAAUACCUUUAAAAUUGUGGAUGUGGUUUGGAGAUAGAUUUAGAAUGUACCCAGAUAUAAUAACAUAAGUUGAGUUCAUUCGUGUCUUCAAUGCUAUCACUUAUAGAUAGAAUGAUAUUCAAGCAUCCUUAGAUUAUGUAGAAUUUUUAGAGGCUCUUUUUAGAAUCAGCAUAAAAGGAUAUUAAUUCUUUAAUAAACUCGCUCAAAAUAUCAAAAGGCCUAAAGCUCAAAAAUAAGAGGAUGAUGAUGUGUAAAUGUUAGAGUCACCUCCUUAAUCAGUAAAGCGUACUCAACAGACAAAAGAGUUCAUGCUCAAUAGAAUUAAGGAAGUUCAAAAUGAAUAAGAGAAAAGGCUUGAAGUAGCUAAAAAGGAAUUGGAAGAAAAGAAAAAAAUGGAAAAAGAAGCUUUAAUAUUAGAUAAUUACCAAGCAUUGAACGACAUUAUAGGGACUGAUAAAAUAAUUGGUUUAAACUAUAAUGAAUAGACACUUGAUGCAUUAAUAACUUAUUUGGCAUUACCUAAUGAUAAAACUGGAAUUGAACUAAGAUUUAGGUACUUAAUGGAAAUUGAAGCAAAGAAAAAACCGACAAAAGUUAGAAAAUAAGAGGCUUCCCAGAAAUUAGAUGAAGAUGUUACUCAAUGGAAAGAACAUAGAGUUGUUGAAUCAAGCAGAUAGCCCAUAUUUACUAAAAGAACAAAUAAAUAUAAAUAAAACCCAAAACCUAAGGAAACAUAAGAUCCUAUACUACAAGAGAAUAAUGAUUAAGAAUAUUAAUACUAAUCAGAUAAUUGA